AUGGGCCGUCAGGCCUACUUGACCCGCGUUUGUUUGGGUCGAUCUGCGUUCGAACCUCUGACAGGGACAGGCACCACAGGAAAUGAAAAUCAAGCUUUACAGAGCAUUGCAGAUAAUCCAGGAGAAACCACUGAGCCAGCCACAAACACCAUUCGCCAAGCUGACUCUGGGUCUUACCAACAGCAAUAUGAUCGGAAAGGAUACCCGGAGAAUUUGGCCUCAAGGGCUCUGAGCAGGCAGUCUAGAAGGGCCAUCAACGAUGUUCUAACCACAGUGGGUGUGUGUGUUGGAGUAGAUGCCGAUGGCCAGAUAAGGCCGGUCCAUGAUGGUAGCAUAGUCGCUCUGGACAAGUCCAAGGUCACUGGCGUCAUCAGAGAGAAUGAGAUCGGCAUGCUCGUUGGCUUUACCGAGGCGGCUGUAGAUAAUUUGGCUGGCAUGUGCACCACUGGCUUGAGAUAUAGAUUACAGACAUUUCGCUUUUACUCUGAAGUACCUCUGACGGCCAUCAUCAAAUCGGAAUGGUUGACACUCGGCUUUUUCAAGGGUCUGUUUGCGGGUAGUGCUGCAGAUACGGUGUAUAUUUUUCUCAAUGCCGGUCGAAUUUUGGGUAUGAAUAUGCUCAUCGAGAGACUUGCUAGUCAGCUUGACAUACCUUUUGAUUCUUUCAUCACACGAAAGAUCACAUGGUUCGUCUUGAAGAACGCACGGAGAUUGUUCAACUUGACAACCCUUGGGCUUCUUACCCCCUUCAAAAUCUUCUCAACAUUACAGCAUCAAGGUCUCCUUCCUGCAUGGCCACUCUUACCGCAUCCCAAGGCUUUCGUCCCGUUCUCUCCGUCAUCACCUUUACGCCUACCUAAUCUCCCAGAUCGACUAGACGGCGCAUCUUGCCUUCGAUUUCUGGCGUCCCUCGCUGUCAGUCCGGUGGUCUUGCUAUGUGUACGAUCGUGGAUGAAACCUCUAGUGGAACGCAAGGUUCAGAAAUACACGCGCGCCGCUCUCCCCGCACCAGACUUCCCCGACAUAUACUCUAUUCAGGCUGCCAUUGAGGACGAGAUUGAUAGGGACAACAUCCCUGGACUCGGUAAUGCAGUCGACACUCCCGAGCUAUGGGAGAGCAGAAGCGUAACGGAAGAGCUUGCAAAGGACUUGCAGUACGUCGGCAGGAAUUUUCAGAUCUUGUACGACCAAUUCUGGGGUCUGUUCGCAGGCACGUCCAGAAAACCCAGCAGCUCACCAGCAACGGAACCACUACCACUUCCAACACCAACGCCUGCCCCCAUGGACCCUCUUGAAGACGACGCCUCCUCAUCCUCCUCCUCCUCUCGCACUUCGACUCCACGCCCUCAAAUCGAAAUCACCGGCUCCACCACCUCGAGCGGCACUGUCCAUAUGAGCGUCGCCAUUCCUGUGCCCGUCUCAUCCCUUCCCCGCCGCCGUCAUCACAACAGUCACCCCCGAGACCCACCUUCUCCGUCCACGACUGGUCCCAACAAUGUCUACUACCCCUAUCACCGCAUUACCACCCUCAGCGCACAGGCCGCGGACAGCAUGGCGCAGCACCUUUCCGGCUAUAUUACUGACAUACUCCUUUUCCCGCUCGAGGCGCUGGACUAG